GUGUGCAGAUUACGUCGUUCAUUAUAUGGCUUGAAGCAAUCUCCACGUGCAUGGUUUGGGAGGUUUAGUGUCGUUGUCUGCAGCUUUGGCAUGAUUCGCAGUGAUGUCGAUCAUUCUAUAUUCUAUCGACAUUCUGCUGGCAACAAAUGUAUUUAUCUUGUUGUGUAUGUUGAUGACAUUGUCAUUGCAGGUAACGAUGAUCAAGGAAUUGCGCUCCUCAAGCAACAUCUCUUUAGCAAAUUUCAAACAAAAGACUUGGGAAAGUUGAGAUACUUCCUUGGCAUUGAGGUCGCACAAUCUCAAAAUGGAAUUGCUCUCUCACAAAGAAAGUAUGCCUUGGAUAUUCUUGAGGAAACAGGUUUGCUAGAUUGCAGGUCAGUGAAUACACCAAUGGAUCCGAACGUUAAACUCUUAUCAGAACAGGGAGAUCUUUUGCCCAACAAGGAAAAAUAUAGAAGACUCAUCGGCAAAUUAAAUCAUCUUACCAUCACGAGACCAGAUAUUUCAUUUGCGGUAAGUGUUCUCAGUCAGUUUCUUGAUAAGCCAUGUAUUGGACAUUGGGAUGCAGCUAUCCGAGUUUUGAGAUACAUCAAGAAAACUCCGGGGCAAGGAUUGUUGUUUGAAGAUCGAGGCCACCAUGAUAUUGUGGGAUACUGUGAUGCAGACUGGGCCGGAUGUCCGAUGGAUAGACGUUCCACUUCGGGAUAUUGUAUCUUGAUUGGUGGAAAUUUAAUUUCAUGGAAAAGUAAGAAACAAGAUGUGGUUGCCAGAUCUAGUGCUGAAGCAGAAUAUCGUGCAAUGGCCCUUGCUACAUGUGAAAUCUUAUGGUUGAAGCAUCUCCUCCAAGAGUUAAAAUAUGGAAACACCAGUGUUAUCAAAAGCGCUCGCUUCUGCACUUAAGCGCACAAAGCGCAGCGAGGUAGACCCCUAGCGCCUGAGUAAGGUAGAAGCGCACAACCCUGGGCAAGGCGCAGCAUAAGCGCUAGAAGCGCAUGAAGCGCGGAAGCGCUAUAGGCGCGCGCCUGCGUCGCCUGAAACGGAAAAGGCUGACAGCCCUUUUUUAGUUUAAAACUUUGAAAAAAAACCCAUAUCUUAAUAGUCCUCAGCCCAUGAAAAAAUAGGGUAAAGUAAGUUUAACCUACGUAAAACUAAGCCUGUAAGUACUUAAAAACGUAAACUUGCGCAAGACACUACAAAGCUUAACCGCUAGCCAUCCUCUUCACUCUCCUCGCUUUCCUCACUCCGUCACUCUAUACUCAAGCUGCUUUACACGACUACACCAGCCGGUUCUUUCAGCUUCCUUCAUCAUCUCAAGCAUACGCAGCUCUCCAUCGUAGCAGUAAACAAGGUAUAUCUUCUUUUUCAUGCAGUCUCAUGCCUUUUCAAUUACCUUCAUUUACUGUCUUCUUUAUCCAUAGACUCAUAGUACUCUGCUUUGUGAUUUUAUUAGUAUAUUAGUAUGUAUAUAAUACUCAUAGUAUUCUGCUUUUUUAUUUUUUAGUAUAUUACUAUGUAUAUAAUACUCAUACUGUCAUAGUACUCUGCUUUGUAAUAUACAUAUAUAGUACUCUACAUUGUAUAUAAUACUAAUAUACAUACUAAAGUUAUAUGUUCUUAUAUGUUCUUAACUUUAUAUAUCAAACUGAUUCCAUAAAGUUUAUGUAUCAGUUAACCAACUGAUUAUAUAUGUACUAAAGAUAUAUAUCUUAACUUUAUAUGUACUAAAGAUAUAUGUACAUAUUAAAGUUAUAUGUGCUAAUGUACUAAAGAGUAAAGAUGUAUGUUCUUAACUUUAUAUAUCAAACUGAUUCCAUAUAGUAACUUUAAGUAUCAAUUAACAAAUUGAUUCCAUUAUAUAUGUACUAAAGAUAUAUGUACUGAUUCCAUCUUUGAUCUUUUCUAGGAUAUGGAAGGUGGAACAAGUUCUGUGGGUGGUGCUGAAAGUGAAAACUCUACAAAAAAUGACCCAACUUGGAAACACAACUACUUAGUUAACAAAAAAGAUCCUAAAUCAGUUACCUGCAUUUACUGUGGAAAAGUAACUAACGGAGGGAUUUACCGAGCAAAGCUUCAUCAAAUAGGAGGGGAUAGAAAUGCGAAGGCUUGCUUGAAAUGUCCAGAAGAUGUGAAAAAGAUGCUUAGGGAAUAUAUGCAAUCCAAAAAGGAUGCCAAGAUCAAUUAUGAUAAACUGCCAGAACAUCCGGAUUUUGUAGCUCUUCAGGCUGCGAACGCAAUUGGAGCGUGUUUGAACAAAUUCACACAAAGAGAAGGAACAGGCUAGGAAUGAAGAAGCUAAAUGACUUAGUAUUUGUGAAGUACAAUGCAACUUUAAAAGCUCGCUUUGACUCUAAAGAUAUCACAGAUCCAAUUGCUUUAGAUAACAUUGAUGAUUGCAAUGAGUGGUUGGCUGGAAAUGUGAAUGCAAGUGCAGCAGAUGACUCGGUUUUCAGUGAUGAAGAAGGUGAUGGCUUGACGUGG